AUGGUUGGAAUUGGAAGGAAAAAAUUUUUUAGUAAAAAAAACUGUACGAAUAUUCAUGACGUUUAUGCCAACGCAUUGAAAUUGACAAAAUCAAAUACAAUUCCACAAGAUUCCACAAAUUCAACCAACAAAUUGGAUGAAUUAGAUGAUAAAUUAGAUGAAUUAGAUGCUAAAUUAGAUGAAUCAGAUGUUAAAUUGGAUGAGAAUGAGUUAGAGGUUCGAAUGUAUUUAUGGUAUUUUAAUCAAUGUGAUAAUAAGCGUUGUACUGGUAAAAAAUUGGUAAGGAGUGGUUUGGUGAAGGAAUUACCAAUGACACAAAGGUUCUCAGGCAUAAUUUUGACACCAUUAGCAAACACAUUAUUCUCAUUAAAUGAUGCAGAAACUGUUAAAAACAAAGGAAUUGCUGUUAUCGAUUGUUCAUGGAAUAAGAUAAAUCAAACUCCACUUAACUCUUUUCAGACAAAAUAUAAUAAUUUAAUGGUAGGGAAUAGUAGAAUAUUACCAUUUUUGGUGGCUGGGAAUCCAACACAUUUUGGAAAACCAUUUGAAUUAUCAUGUGCAGAAGCCUUAGCUUCAGCUCUUUAUAUCUCAAAUAUGAGAAGUAAUGCAAUGGAAGUAUUAUCGGUAUUUAAUUGGGGACCGACAUUUAUACAGUUGAAUCAGGAAGCAUUUGAUUUAUAUUCAUCCAAAGGUUUCACAAGUGAAGAUAUGGUCAAGAUACAGGAACAAUAUUUAAAUGAACAACAAGCUAAAUCUAAUCAACAAAAAUCAAUCAAUUCAAUUGAUUAUCAAAAUAUCACUGAUAAUAUAACUUAA